GGCAAAGGUCUCUUUGUGGUCUUCUAGGAGUUAGAAGAACACAAAGAGACCUUUGGGAUGUCAAAUUCAAGGCCUGGGGGCUUGAUACGGCCCGUCACAUCAUUUUAUGUGGCCCGCGAAUACAAAUUGUACAUCAACUUCUUGUGUCAACACUAAAUUUACAAAUUACACUUUAUAAAAUAGAGAUAACACUAGCAUUUUUUAAUUACCAUUCACCUUUUUAAAAUAGAACAGUUUUACUAGUCGCUGAUUUCAAAACUAAUUAUUUAUCAGUUUGUUGUGUGGCCUAUAAUGUAUAUGAUAUUGAGCAUUGACAGUCAUAAUGGCCCUUCAAAGGGAACUAUGACUACGAUGCGGCCCACGACAAAAAUUUAUAUUUGACACCACUGUUUUAACCCCUUUCAGGCCACCAGGACUUCAUGAGGGUGGGCGUGUUAAGAUGCAGACCAACAGUAAACAAUACUUUAGGCAAACCUCUGUCAGGCGGAUUAUGAGCAUCGGGCUCAUGGGCCAGAAACGUUAUGAGGACCAUUCAACCCCGGGUCAGGACCGCACCGAGGCGGGGCUUAUUAAGCGUUUCCGCGGAGAUGGCGUGCGCUACAAGGCCAAGCUGAUUGGGAUUGAUGAGGUGACAGCAGCACGUGGAGACAAGCUGUGCCAGGAUUCCAUGAUGAAGCUCAAGGGCUUAGCGUCCACGGCUCGUUCCAAAGGGGAGCACAAGCAGAGAAUCUUCUUGACUGUCUCUUUUGGAGGGAUCAAGAUUUACUGUGAACGAUCAGGAGUACUCCAGCAUCAGCAUUCAGUCCAUGAAAUUAGUUACAUUGCAAAGGACACCAGGGACCACAGGGCCUUUGGCUAUGUUUGUGGAAAGGAGGGCCACCACAGGUUUGUCGCCAUCAAGACCGCACAGUCGGCGGAGCCUCUUAUCAUUGACCUGCGUGACCUCUUUACACUCAUCUACGACAUUAAGCAGCGGGAGGAGAUGGAGAAAAAGGCCCAGAAGGACAAACACUGUGAACAGGCCGUCUACCAGACCAUCUUGGAGGACGAAGCAGACGAUCCAGUUUACCAGUACAUAGUGUUUGAGGCUGGACACGAACCCCUCCGUGGCCCCCAGUCAGAGGAGAGCGUUUAUCAGGUCCCAACCAGUCAGCAGAAGGAAGGGAUCUAUGAUGUCCCCAAACGCCAUUUCAUGACUAAUAUCAACCACUUUGAUCUUUUCGGCGACAUGUCGACUCCUCCUUCGAUGCCUCCUUCACCUGCCAACACACUUGACCCAAGCAGGAGCGGCCGCCAGCAGCAGCAGCCGCACAAUCCGGCCGAGAUGUACGCCCCCUUCAGCCCCACCUCUGUGCCAUCCGGUUAUAUGACCAUGGGCCCCGUGCAGGCUUCUCAGUGGGCCCAGCAGCCGUUUCCUGGCCAGGCUCAGACUCUAGCCUUCCCCGUGCAGGGGCCCCUGCAGGUGACCCAAGUCCUGCCCGGUGGUCAGCCCCUCAUCUGGAGCCAGGCCAACAUUUUCCGAGCCACCCAGCAGCAAUGGGCGGCCAUGGCGGCGUACAUGCCGGCCCAGACUGUGGGUGUGGGGGGCCAUGCCAUUCCAACCGCCAUGCUCCAAGGCUUGGUUCCUAUUACAACCAUGUGCCCCCAAGCCUGCGACCUGUCCGCCCCCUCCUCAGCCAUCACCAGCCCGCAGCACGCGGCCGACCCAGCUAUGCUUCAGAGGCAGCUAAGCCUGGGAAGAGACGGCGGCCUGGGCGUGGACUUGAACGCAGGGGAGGGCCCGUCCACAUCCGGGGUGGGGCCCGGUAGGGUGUCCGUGAGUAGGUGUGCAACGCCGAGCCUUGUAGGCGUAACCGACGCCCUGGUCUGCACGCAGCUGCUGUCGCCCCUUGCUGUGGUCGCACUGGAAGAUGAAGGCAGUGACCUUGAUCUGUCCCGGAUGACCUUGAGUCCCGGAACAUCCACAUCGCCAUCUACUGAAUCGCCAUCCACUCCAGGUCCUCAACAGACAUCAGAGUGCCCCCCUAGCCAAGUGAACACCAUCCCUACAGACUACCCUCAUGUCGAGCCUGAGGGCAACUCUGACCCUGCCGAGGAGGAACAAUUGGACUCUGCUGUCACAAGGCCAACCUCUCCAUUGCCCAAGGAAGCCAGUGAUCUAUCUGAGGAUCAGGCGUAUCCACAGGAAGACAUGUCACAACAUCCCAUUAUGUUUUCUUCGUGUGGACUCUUUUUAUCCUGUUAUCUUCUCACGUCCACGCUGAGCUUGUUACUUUCAAGUGCAGUUGAUGUCACAUCAGCCAGCAAUGAGGAUCCGAGAGUCCGUGACACUCGAGCAGUUGGCAACCAGGCACUGGUUCAACCUGUCGACUGUGUUCUGUCAGAAUGGAGUCCAUGGUCACGUUGUGACAUUUGUCAGGGAAAAAGAUACCGCUAUGCCAAAUUGAGCCAGCCAACACAGUUUGGAGGGGAGCCUUGCCAUUUUCAUGGCAGGGAGGAGGAAAGCUGUGAAGUUCCAGCACGUUACACCUGUGACAACAUUUUGCCAUGUGAAGGUUUUCUUUGCAGCCAAACAGGUCGCUGCAUUCCAAGAACGCUGCAGUGCAACGGGGAGGAUGACUGUGGUGACAUGUCAGAUGAAGUUGGAUGUGCAGGGAGUCAGAAGCCCUGCAGAUUUGAAUCUGAGGAGUACUGGGGCAUUGAGAACCUUGCCAAGGGAAUCAACAUUUUGAACAGCAACCUGGAGGGAGUUGUUCUGGAUAACAGAUACUAUGCUGGUAGUUGUUUGCCUCACUAUAUCCAGGAUGUUCGAUUCAGGAAGCCUUACAACUUGCAGCAGUACACUCUGCAGACAAAAGGGUCAUACGAUUUCACUCUGGAUGCUUUUGACUCGUACUCCGACUACAUGGAUUACACCAUUAAGGAGCGGAUGACCCAAACGAUUGUUUCCAUUGGCUUUGGCAUUCCAGGUAUUUUUGAAUUUGGCUACAACCACAACAAAGCCAAAUACUCCAAGUCAGUCCAGAAGAUUCGUCGAGCCUCCGGCAAAUCUUACAGCUUCCUCAGGGCCAAAGCUGAGCUGGAGUUGGCCCAGUACAUGCUCAAGUCAGACAACUUGAUGCUGAGCACAGAGUUCCUGCAGCGUCUUCGCUCCCUGCCUCAGUCUUACGUUUAUGGUGAAUACAGGCAGAUCUACAGAGACUACGGUACGCACUACAUCACAGAGGCUGCCCUCGGAGGGGAUUACGAACACACCAUCAUCCUGGACAAAGAAAAGCUAGAGAAAACCGAUUAUUCUUUGACAGACUACAAAUCAUGUACACAAUCAGGACUUAAGGUUGGCGCCAACAUAUAUGGCAUUUACGUGUCUGUGGGCUUUCAAGGUGGAUUCUGUGAUGGCCUCCUCAAUGAAAUGGGAGAGGAGACCUCACUUGGUUGCAUGGUGGAGGACACCGUGGCGGUGGUAAGGGGCGGUAGUAGUGAAUCCAUCACCGCUUUGGUGUCCCAGAAGCUUCCCUCCCCACAAUUGAUGAGAUUAUGGGGCGAGGGAGUACGCUUCAAUCCGGACUUCCUUCGCAGAACGACGCGACCUCUGUAUGAGCUGAUCACCUCAAGAGACUUCAUCCAUGACAGCAUCUUGAAGAGAAAUCUCAAACGGGCCUUGUUUGAGUACUUGGAAGAGGCCAGCUCAUGUCGAUGUGCUCCCUGCCGCAAUAAUGGAGUGGCUGUGCUCAGAGGGACCAGAUGUGACUGUGUGUGUCCUGUUGGCUACAGUGGUCGCGGCUGUGAGGUCACACACAGACAAAAAGAUAUUGCCAUCGAUGGCAGCUGGAGCUGCUGGGGUUCGUGGUCUUCCUGCAGCAGAAGAACAAAGACGAGGAGUCGCCAGUGUAACAACCCGGCGCCCAGCAAGGAAGGCCUGCCGUGCAGAGGCAUGCAGGAGGAGUCCACUGAAUGCUUUUAAAAUUCAAUCCGUUUCCCUCCUGUCUGUAUGACCCUACAAUUAACAUUUAAAAUAUAACAAUUUCAAUAUAUUGAUGUAUUUGACGUCUACAGUCGUCAAUGGCAGGGAAUGAGUUGGAGGGGAAAUAAAACAGAAGGCAAACAUUGCAAUCUAUUUGUAGAGGACUCAAUUACAAGUUACGUGAAUCAACACAACUUUUUUCACAAUACAUUUUGUACAUAUUGUGCAAUAUAGAAAUUAUUCAUUUUAUUUGAGAAUUUAACAGACUAGAGUCUAAUAUAGUCACUAGACUUACAAUGACUCAAUUGCACAUGUUCAACAGCGCUCAGACUGAGAGGAGGAGCCAAGGCACAUAGCUCCGCCUCCAUCAGGUGCCGGAUUAUUGCAGACCCUAGUCCGCUGUU